AUGCCAAGAAAAAGACUUCACACUACUAAAGCCUGUGAAGCGUGUAGGAAAAGAAAAUGUAAAUGUAUUGGCAAGACUCCAUGCCAGCGUUGUUCGAGACUUGGACUAGAGUGUGUUUUUGUCAGCACACUAAAGAAACGUGGUCCGCAGAAAAAGAUAUACGACACGAUAGCUUAUGAGGAAGAUUUUAGUGUUAAAACUAAUACAUCAUUAAAUGGAACCUCAAACGUAUUUAAUUCCACUGCAACGAUAAAUCAAGAAUUAUCGUUGCCAUCAUUGUCUCAACUUGGAUUAGACAAAUUUUUUGCUCCAUCGAAAGAUGAGCUAAAUAGAACAGGCAAUAAACAUUAUACUAUUUUAUCAAAUUCUUCCGAUUUGAAGCUUAAAAUAGAUUUCAAGUCACUAAAAGAACUGCAAGAGGUAACUUGCUUUCGUCUUCAAACCCUAAAUCCGGCGAACAUUGAUCCAUAUAAUUUUGCUGUCGAAUCAACCUAUAAAUUCAAAUUAAGCUAUUGA